AUGGGCAAUUUGAAAGAUGAUCUGGCAUACGAUCCUCCGUGUCAUCCAAGAGCUUGCGCCAUUCAAGCUUGCCUAACCAAGAAUUCGUACAAGGAAGAGAGAUGCCAAGCUCAGAUCAAUGCCUUGUACGAGUGCUGUAAUGCUUUCUACCAAGAGAAGGGAGAGGAUGCAAAAACUCCCAGUUGCCCUAAAGCAAGCUUGCUGAAGCUGAGGAUGAAGCAACAAUCUCAGGAAAACUAG